AUGAACGACGAAGAACUUUCACCGAGAAUUAUCGCCGUUGGUGAUUCUGGUGUAGGUAAAACUAGUUUAAUUCAUCGUAUUAAGAGUGGCUCUUUCCUUGAUCAGACCGUUCCGACGAUUGGAGCAGGAGUAAAUCCAAUAGAUGUAGAAGUUGAUGGAAAAGUUAUUUCAUGA